AUGGGCAACCUCUUCCUUGUCUGCGGCGAACACCCGGUAUUUUUCUGUGGACACCAUUUCUCAACGGCGGAAAUUGUGAGUGGCCGGCAUUUCACACGGUACAUCGAUAGAUCAAUUCGUCUGCACAGACAGCGUGCGUCAACCGGCGGUCCUUUGACUUCUUUCAGCCUGCUACGAUUCACCCUUUACACUUGUUUUCCUGACGAUUUUACGACACCCCCUCUAUGCGACCUCGAUAUCGCAAGCAUUGGCGUUUGGCGUUUACCCCCCCAUCCUGCUUACGACACACUACCUUCUGUUCAACGUACAUAUGACACACCCGUCCGUGGAACUGGCAUCGCGAAACAACGCCACAGAGACGGGAUCCACAUUUUUAUAAGUUGGGUUGACUCGGUCGGGAGUCCCUAA